AACUGGAGCGAGAACAGCAGUUGGGCCAAGAUGGCGGCUGCGGAUGGUUCCGUGGGCGACGGUGAACUGUGGCAGACCUGGCUUCCUAACCAUGUCGUGUUCCUGCGACUCCGGGAGGGACUGAAAAAUCAGAGCCCAGCUGAAGCUGAAAAACCGAAUUCUUCACCAUUGCCUUCGUCGCAGCAGUUGCUGACCAGAAACCUGGCCUUCGGCCUCGGCGGAGAGCUCUUCCUGUGGGACGGAGAAAGCUGCUCCUUCUUACUUGUUCGUCUUCGGAGCCUGAGCGGGGGCGGUGAGGAGCCCUCGCUCUCCCAGUACCAGAAAUUGCUUUGUAUAAAUCCACCCCUGUUUGAAAUCUAUCAAGUCUUAUUAAGUCCAACACAACAUCAUGUAGCACUUAUAGGAAUAAAAGGACUUAUGGUAUUAGAAUUACCUAAAAGAUGGGGGAAGAAUUCUGAAUUUGAAGGUGGAAAAUCAACAGUGAAUUGUAGUACCACUCCAAUUGCUGAGAGAUUUUUCACCAGUUCUACCUCUCUGACUCUAAAGCAUGCUGCCUGGUAUCCAAGUGAAAUGCUGGAUCCCCACAUAGUGCUAUUAACAUCAGACAAUGUUAUAAGGAUUUACUCACUACGGGAGCCCCAGACACCCACUAAGGUGAUUGUGCUUUCAGAAGCAGAAGAAGAAAGUCUCAUACUCAAUAAAGGGCGGGCAUAUACCGCAUCUCUAGGAGAGACAGCAGUUGCAUUUGACUUUGGGCCAUUGGCAGCAGUCCCCAAGAAUAUAUUUGGACAAAAAGGCAAAGAUGAAGUGGUGGCAUACCCACUGUACAUCUUAUAUGAGAAUGGAGAGACUUUCCUUACAUACGUUAGUCUCUUACACAGCCCUGGGAAUAUCGGAAAACUAUUGGGCCCAUUGCCCAUGCAUCCUGCAGCUGAAGAUAACUAUGGAUAUGAUGCUUGUGCUAUCCUCUGUCUACCCUGUGUCCCCAACAUCUUAGUGAUUGCUACCGAAUCAGGAAUGCUGUAUCACUGUGUCGUGCUGGAGGGGGAAGAGGAAGAUGACCAAACAUCAGAAAAGUCCUGGGAUUCCAGGGCUGACCUUAUUCCUUCUCUCUAUGUGUUUGAAUGUGUUGAGCUGGAACUUGCCCUGAAACUGGCAUCUGGGGAGGAGGAUCCCUUCGAUUCUGACUUUUCUUGUCCAAUCAAACUUCACAGAGAUCCCAAGUGUCCUUCAAGAUACCACUGUACUCAUGAAGCUGGUGUACAUAGUGUAGGACUAACUUGGAUUCAUAAACUUCACAAAUUUCUUGGAUCAGAUGAAGAAGAUAAGGAUAGUUUACAGGAACUUGCAAUAGAACAGAAAUGCUUUGUGGAACACAUCCUUUGUACAAAGCCAUUGCCAUGCAGGCAGCCAGCUCCAAUUCGAGGAUUCUGGAUCGUCCCUGACAUUCUGGGACCCACAAUGAUCUGCAUCACAAAUACCUAUGAAUGCCUCAUCAGGCCUUUAUUAAGUACAGUCCAUCCAGCGUCUCCUCCCCUGCUUUGUACCCGAGAAGAUGUUGAAGUGACAGAAUCUCCCCUCCGAAUUCUGGCCAAAAUCCCAGACUCCUUUGAAAAGCAUAUUAGAAGCAUUUUGCAACGCAGUGUUACCAAUCCAGCAUUUUUGAGAUCUACUGAAAAGGAUAUUGCCCCUCCUCCUGAAGAAUGUCUUCAGCUCAUCAGCAGAGCCACCCAGGUGUUCAGAGAACAGUACAUUCUCAAACAGGACCUGGCGAAGGAGGAGAUUCAGCGGCGGGUCAGGUUAUUAUGUGACCAGAAAAAGAAACAACUAGAAGAUCUUAAUUACUGUCGAGAGGAGAGGAAAAGUCUACGGGAAAUGGCUGAGCGCUUAGCUGAUAAAUAUGAGGAAGCCAAGGAAAAACAAGAAGAUAUCAUGAACAGGAUGAAAAAAGUACUUCACAGUUUUCACUCUCAGCUCCCAGUUCUCUCUGACAGUGAGAGAGACAUGAAGAAAGAAUUACAGCUGAUACCUGAUCAACUUCGACAUUUGGGCAAUGCCAUUAAACAGGUUACUAUGAAAAAAGACUAUCAACAGCGAAAAAUGGAAAAGGUACCAAGUCCUCAGAAACCUACCAUUAUUCUCAGUGCCUACCAACGCAAGUGCAUUCAGUCCAUCCUAAAGGAGGAGGGUGAACACAUAAGAGAGAUGGUGAAGCAAAUCAAUGAUAUCCGAAAUCAUGUAAACUUCUGACAUCACCAGGAAGAGAUUCACAACUGAAGUUUGUACAACUGAAGGCUUAAACCUAUAUUGUAAAACUAACAGGUAGCAUUAUCUAAUUUAUAAAGACAUUUUGAAUGAA